AUGGCCGUCGCCGACUCCUCCCGUGUCCCCCGCGGUGACGUCACCGCCUCCCUCAACUACUACAACCCGCCCGCCGACAAGGCCGCCAUUCCCUUCAACUACGUCGACACGCCGCCCGCCGGCGAGCCAACCCGUAACUUCUCCGACGCCACGCACGACACCCGCAUCCACGACCUGCGUGCCGCCCCCGGCCUCGGCGCCGACUUCUCGCUCGACCGCGACGCCUUCCAGCUCCUCUCGCGCGUACCCCCCUCCAGCGAGCCCGACUUUGUCGACGACGACUCCAUCCGCCGCAACUACUACCCCGAGGUCGAGCGCCUGCUCCUCGACGCCAUCCCCGGCGCCGACCGCGUCCACAUCUUCGACCACACCGUCCGCCGCGCCGGCCCGGGCGCCCCCCGCGCCCCCGUCACCCGCGUCCACAUCGACCAGACGCCCCCCUCGGUCGCAAAGCGCGUCCGCCGCUACUUUCCCGACGAGGCCGACGACUUACUCCGCCGCCGCUACCGCAUCGUCAACGUCUGGCGGCCCCUGAACAAGGACCCCGUCGAGUCCUUCCCCCUGGCCUUUGCCUCCACCUCGACCCUCCGCGACCACGACGUAGUCCCAAUCCAGCACCGCUACCCGGACGGCUACCUCGGCGAGACGGCCGCCAUCCGCUACAACCCGGAGCAGAAGUGGUAUUACCUCAGCGGCAUGACGGGUGACGAGAGGCUGCUGCUCGAGUGCUUCGACAGCGAGUCCCUCAAGCCCGGCUCCAACAUCGGCGGCCGGGUGCCCCAUAGCGCCUUUGUCGACCCGAGAUCGCGCCCCGAUGCUGUCGGCCGCGAGAGCAUCGAGGUCCGUGCUCUCGUCUUCGGCCCGUAG